UGAGGUAUCCGAUUCAUCAGUUGUCUGACUGCUUAGAAGAAAAAAGUCGAAAUGGUGGCUAAAUUGGUAAUCAUCUCUCUCGCCCUUUUGGGUUGCGUCGUGGUCAGCUCUGCUCAGGACGAGUGGUUCGACAGUGAGAUUGAGGCGUGGCAUUUCCAUACCUACUUUUUCGAAGUCAAUCCCCGCAUUUCGGCUGAAGUUACCGCCUUCAGAAAGGCAUUGAGAGCGAAAAUCAAUGACGGAACGUUCCCAGAAUGCUCCCUAAACGAUUGGGCUAUUGGAUGGGAUGGACCACACCCCGUUUCUCAGUUUGAACUCUGCUGCAAUAAGACAUCCUUCGCCGUCGCGCAUUCCUUCCAUACGCAGAACCACGGGAAUCUAUCUGUCCUCGUGCAUCCCUUGACCACGUUGGAUCAAGAAGACCACAAAGCCACGCGUGUCUCAUGGAUGGGAGCACCUGUCGUCCUUGACGAAGAAUGUCCAUGCCUUUACCCCAUCCUCCCGAAGCCAAGACCAUGCCCUGUCUACCCGGACUAUGCUGACGAGAUUCCAACUGCCCAAGCUAGCCGAUCGAAAUUCCUGCCAAUUCCAGGAACGGAAGAUUAUCAGAGACGCGACCCGAGUUUCAACAUCCUCACUGACCCUUACUAAAUAAUUCGGAACAGUUUAUGUCAGGCAAAUAAUUAAAGUUAAAAGGGCUCGUCAAUCAUUAUAUUUCGUAGUAGAAAAAUAUAAAUAAAUAGGUUUGCAUCAACUCAAGAUGUGUUAUCAAUAUGAACAAAUCAUGCAUAAGUAAUUUUGCAUUAUUAAAUAACAAUGCCAAGUUGUGACGUUAAGAGAAUUUCUUGUUCGGCAUAUGUAUGUACAUGAUUAUUGAUUCCAGGGUUUUAAUCAAAAAAUAACAACCCACGGGUUUUAAAGGGUUUUAUUGGGUUUUAAUAGGUUUUAGGUAAUAAACUCAACAUAAAAAUCCU